AUGUCCUAUGCAGUUACUGCUGCUUCUACUGCUACUCAUGCUGCCACUCUAGCUUGCGGCCUGCACUCCUCCUUCGUGCGUGUCAGCGGCCUGCACUCCUCCUUCGUGCGUGUCAGCGUCCUGCACUCCUCCUUCGUGCGUGUCAGCGUCCUGCACUCCUCCUUCGUGCGUGUCAGCGGCCUGCACUCCUCUUUCGUGCGUGUCAGCGGCCUGCACUCCUACUUCGUGCGUGUCAGCGUCCUGCUCUCCUACUUCGUGCGUGUCAGCGGCCUGCACUCCUCCUUCGUGCGUGUCAGCGGCCUGCACUCCUCCUUCAGCUCGACACGCACGAUGUUCCAGUGCACGUGGCCGGACUGUCGGGAACUUGCUGAGUCAUGCUCGGCAAUCGAGAGCCACAUCCGCGUUACUCAUUUGGGUCUGAGCGCUCGACGCCGGAGCCGCAGCCUAUCCUCCCUUCACUCGAGUUCAGACUCGGACUCUGAAGACGACCACGAGGAGGACUUCUACUGGACUGAAGUGGAGGUGGCCGUGGCCACUAACGUCGACCCUACCACACUUAACUGCGUCGUUAGUAACCGCCCCCCACAGACAUCAGUCAUCCACCAGGGCUCUGUAAGCCCAGUUCUGGUGACGACUAACAGCCCUUCUCCACUGAGCUACUCAACGGUUAUUUGCUCAGGUCAACAGACAAAUAUUUCUGCUAUGAAGAAUCCAGCAAUCAAAUCUACGAGCAUAAUAACCAUGAGCAAUCCGCUCGUCAAGUACACUUUAGGCUCACCCAAUGGACAGUCUGCUGCAGCGACCACCCUCCUCACCUUCAGAGCAGACUCCGCCAGCCAUGCCAAAGGAAGCACGCCACUGAGAAUCACGUCCCCCGUCUCCCCCUCCCAUCACACAGUCAUCCACCGCACCCCCGCCUCGUCCCCCUUGGGGUCUGGGGGACCAAGAACCAACCUAUCAACCCACCCGUACCUGCAAGGGGGAGGGUGGACGUCCUCUCCCAGAGCCUCACUAAGCAAGUCCCCCAGCGUAGGCCCGUCCACAGUCUCCUCCGUCCUCAAGUUCAGUGGGGGGCAGUACGUGCAGGUAUCAUCGCCCCCCACCCUCAGCCACAUGGACAUGGCCCGACCCCCCCACGAAGACCCUGAGUAUCGUCGCCGCCUCACCGGCAGUUCCCUCUUGUCCAGCUCCUGCGAUGGCGCGUCAUACCUGACGUGCAGCAACGAGGCGCUGGGGGCGGGGGGCGGCAAGGUUCGCGUGACGUCAUCACCCAAGGCGUCCCCAGGGCGAGGCGGCAAGCGGGGCGGCGAGAGCAAGAAAUGUCGUAAAUAUUACGGCAUGGAACAGAAGAACGAAUGGUGCACGCAGUGCAGGUGGAAAAAAGCGUGCAGCCGCUUCGUGAACAGUUCGUAAGCGUGCAGCCGCUUCGUGAACAGUUCGUAAGCGUGCAGCCGCUUCGUGAAAAGUUCGUUGAACAGUUCGUAAGCGUGCAGCCGCUUCGUGACACAGUUCGUAAGCGUGCAGCCGCUUCGUGAACAGUUCGUUGAACAGUUCGUAAGCGUGCAGCCGCUUCGUGACACAGUUCGUAAGCGUGCAGCCGCUUCGUGACACAGUUCGUAAGCGUGCACUUGUUUCGUGAAGAGUUCGUGCGCCUCUGCGAGGAGCCACGUUGAGGUCAUUGAGGGCGAUCUAACUAAUCGAUUGCUUACGUAGCGGGACGCAAUCGACAGUUCCAUCUAAAGUCUAGCUAUGAAGCAUCAAUUACCCACCCAAAAUCCUCGGAUGCUCCACUGAUAAUCAUCUAAUGAUCCAGUGAUAAUCCUACUUUCCACUGAUAAUCCUACAAUAAUCCACUGGUGAAUCACCGAUGAUCCGCUACCCGCCGAUGAUCCGAUGAUAAUCCUCCGAUGAUGUUCAGUAUGGGACCAGAGCAGACGUCGAGAUGCUGAUUGUAAAAAAGAUGCAUACAAAAUAUUUCGAUAUUCUGAGAUGUUCACGAGCGCCCACAUGCAUUACAAUAACCAGCUGCUAGGACCAGCUGUGGGACUAAAGCAUAUAAUCUUCUACACAAAUCAUUGAAGAACCUCCCAAGAUAUGACUACAAGCAGAAAAAGGAUCGUAAAUCAGGAAAUAAUGUAAGUGUCAGCGAAUCGAUAUUAAUAAUUAAAUCAGUUGGUUGUUCUUCCUCAAGAUGUCUUUCGACGAAACUGCGUAAUAUAAAUAAUGUCCUAUUUCAUGAAGCAACCGAAUAAAUCGGCAAAUCGAGCUACAAACGACCGCUGAAUUGAGAUGGAAAUGCAAUGAGUGGUUCUAGCGAUGGAGUGAUACUGGUACCUUGAGGCUUGAUUUGAAAAUGAAUGAAUUUGUUCUGAGAAUGAAAUUCUCUGACGAACACGAAUCUGUAGAGUCGAUUGGGGUAAAUUACAUGUAAAUCAUCCUCUUGUGAUGAAUGAUAUAAAUAAUUGUCAAAUGAUGAUUAAGAAGGAUUGCAAGCAAGGAAUAAAGGUAAUGACCGACCAUUACGUGAAGGCUUCGGACGACGAACUGCGAUGGCUUUGUGUUUUUAUUGUUCUCUUGAUGUGAUGGAAUAACUGCCAGAUUAUUUUGAGUGAUGAAAGAACUUGAUAAUUCUGAGUGGUGAAAUAACUGCCUGCUUAUCUUAGUCAUCCAGCGGUGCAGGCGAAGAGACGAUGAGCGAGUGUGCGGCAGACGAGCGAUGAUGAGGUCGGCGAAAUGGGAACACUGCCUGGAAACUAUGCAUUGCCAAUAUCCUGGAAAUUAUAAUGAAAGUAAGAGUUAGAUUUCCAAACACGUGGAAACAAGAACGCUGACUUGAGCUUACUUCAACGAAAACCCAGAGAAAGUGAAACAAAUUUUAAUAGGAGCAUUCAAAAAGUGGAUUUAUUUAAGAAAAAAAAUUCGUGUCAAGUUAAGGUGCUCGUGAAAUCCAUAAUUAAAUCAUUUAUUUACCGAGUUAUAUUUCUAUGUUUAAUAAUUAUUCUAACAUUCUACGUUUUACUCACGUGAUUUAAGUUGAUAUCGUAAAAGAUUCUAUAUUAUUAGCGACAACAAUAUAGGGCGUGUGAGGCUCGCGUGCAAGAUAUCUUUAAUUAAAACUCACGUGCAUGUGCAACAAGUGUUUCUGGGACCCCUACACUCAGAGAUAUAAGUGAGAUUUGGUCUAAAUAGCCUAUUUUUUGUCACUAUUUGUAUAAUUUGAUAAUAUGACCCAUUAAUCUUUCUGAGUUAUUGCUAAGCGCGAGGAAACAUUUCACGAAUAAUAUUGGACAAACAUAUCAUGAAGCUGCAUCGCUGCAUUGCGUUAUAUGCAAUAGUAAUUUUUAAAUUAAUUUUGAUCCAUUAUAUUACGUUCUAUUUGAA